UUCAAUGUUUAGAGGAGUUGAACGAAAGUCACACGGUUACGAGCCUGCUCAGCAUGGAAGGAAACACAACAAAUUCAACUGAAAGACCAUGUGGCUUGUCUGAAAUGCCAGCUCGUACGUUUUUCAUAUGUGUCUACACACUGAUCUGUUCGGCAAGUCUGGUGCUCAACAGUGUAACAAUAUAUGUGUAUUUUUGUAAAGUUACUCAUAAGUCCAGCAUCACAGUGUAUCUGAAGAAUCUAGCUGUGGCCGACUUGUUCGUCUGCCUGUGUUUGAUAUUACGCAUAAUUAAAUAUGCUGUCAGUUCAGAGGAAAUUCAUCGUAUCUACUGUAACUUUGGGGCUCCAGCUUCCUACCUCAACAUGUACUCCAGUAUUCUCUUUAUGGGCUACAUUGCUGUUAACAGGUACCUGAAAAUUGUGCGACCAAUGGAGGCUCACAUAAUGCAAACAAUUCGUUCGACCCGCAACAUCUGUAUAACAACUUGGGCUUUCGUUGUCACUGUUAAUUGUUUCUACAUGGUUGCUUUUGCACUAAGUGCUGGUACAAGAAGUCCUGCGGAAGGAGAUUUUGACUGUGACAGUUAUCAUAACAGUUUGCUCAAAAAGAUUUACAAGGUCAUACAAAUAACUUCCUUUGUAAUGUUUCUGUUUGUGUUGGUAUCAUUUAUGUUACUUUACUGGUGGACUGUACAGAGGCUCAGACAAGCUGAAAGAGCUGCGCCAGCACAAACCAGCAGCACCAAGCUUAUCAAGUCUAAGCGUAACAUGAAAGUACUAGUUGGAGUUUUCUGUCUGUGUUUUGUGCCUUAUCACCUGAUUAGACUUCCAUAUGUGUUCAUCAAACCCCAGCUGCAUGAUUGUAUAAAAGCUCAGACUUUCUACAUACUAAAGGAGCUGACUGUAAUGCUUGCGAUGCUUAAUGCCUCUUUAGAUCCAAUUAUUUACUUUGUCUUUUGCAAGGCCUUCAGGGCCCAUAUACGGCUUCGACAGAGAUAAAGAACAAAAGGAUUGAAUUUAAAGGGACAAUAAGUAGGAUUUACUCGCAUCUAGUGGUGAAAUUGUAUUUUGCAUUCAAACAAAUAGUGCUCUCUAGCGCCUCGCUUUUCCAAAUGCGUGUUGCAACUACGAUAGCCGUUAUGUAAUCACUGAUCUCCUUGUCCAUUUCAGCUGAUUCAAGUGUUCUGAAUGAAAACGCGUUUUUGUCCCUCUCUGCUAUUAUAGUUUAUCAAUACGGCGGAACGACAUGGAAGCAUCCUUGGACUUACCCGUUCAAUGUAAGUAAAGAGAAAAAAUUCUAAACUGACAAAGAAAAGUCAGAUGAUUGCCAGAGGUCAUUUGACACCAACGAGGACAUAUUUAUGAAUAAAAACAUUGAUUUUGAUUAAUAAAACACUUUAAACCCUACUUAACUGUCCCUUUAAAAAUGUUUUCCAAACCAGUGCUGUUGUCCAACAUUUUUUUAAAUUUAAUUGGUCAGUCGAACAGAUAGUCACGUCACAAACCCACAGCCAAUGUUUCAUUUUUGGACUUAACAAACUGCAUGGAUUCUUAAUUUCGCGAAAAUCAACUACAAUAUUCAUUUAUUAUUUAUAGUUGUUUCUGCACAUUGACCUGAAAUCACAGAAAGUAUUUUAACAUUAAAAUAUAUAAUGUAUAAGUAAAUAUUUAUUGAUUAUAUAGUACAAUUUGGGUUGGGAGAAGAAACCUCAUACUGUAUAAUGCAACCAGAGCCUGUUCUUGAUAUUUGGAGGUCCUACUCUGUAAAAAAUUCUUUGCUGAAUUUUUUUGUUGAAUCAACUCAGAUUUACAAGUCAUUUCAACUUACUAUUAUUUAUCUUGACUAGAGAUGAGUUGCUAAAACUAUAGAUGAGUUAUAAAAUAUAGUUGAAAAAAGUCAGUGUAGGCAAAAAUUAUAUUGGGGGCCCCUCGCACCCCUCUAAUUUUCA